GUUAGUGAAAAAAUUUGUCUCUGUCAUACAGUGAAAUUGUUCUUUCUGUGUAAGGUAUCGGGAAAGUAAACUAUAAGAAAGAAAACUCGGCUCAGAAGAAUUUUCUAGAAUCAGUUACAUAUAUUGGCCUGAUUUCAAUAAGGGAUUUAUAAAAUGAAGUUGGUCACUAUUUCCGUAUUGUUGCUGUUAUUGGACAAUGUCCUUGGUGACUGCAACAACACAAAGACAACGUCACUGAUCAAAAGCCAACUCAGUUCACUAUAGAAAACCAUUGACAUGCUAGAUAAUGGCUCCAAAUGCAAAUGUCUACCGACGGCGUUUCAUGCUGAAAUGAGCAGCACCAAAACACACCCAAAGGACGCGAUAUUUGUGUACGACCGGGUAGUCACAAACGAUGGCAGUACUUACAAUGAACAGACAGGUAAAUUUACAACACCAGCUACAGGUCUCUACCUGUUUGCCUGGUCAGCUCUCAGUGAUCUAGGGAAGACCUCAGAUGUUUCCUUAUUUGUCAACGGUAAACGUACAGGAAGAAUCGCUCAGAAUAACAUUGGAAGAGGAGGGAAGUAUAUAACAGCAAGCAGUACCGUCAUCUUGACAUUAAAGAGAGGAGACAUCGUACAUCUAGCUGUUUCUGGUAACACGCCGGCUUAUUCAAGGAGAGAGUACUCAACUUUUAGUGGUGUACGGCUGGGCUGA